CGUUCUUUAUGGCGUACAUGCGGCCCUCUUCGUCGCGUCUAUUCCCGCACUAGCCCGCCGAGAGGGAAAGUCGACCCUUCUCACCCUUAUUAUUGUGGUCAUGUUUGUGUCGUCGACGGUUGUGACGGCGGUUUGGACCCGGCUCUAUCUAAGGGAGUUUACGCCCUGCCGGUUCAACCCCUCGAAUUGUCAUGACAUGUCCGCCUCUAUCGAUGUCAUCGAAUGGCCAUCACGCGUCAAUUAUAUCCUCAACGAUGCCCUUGUCGUCUAUAGGGCUUGGGUGUUGUGGCCAAACAAUAGGACGGCGCGAGGUGUACUCCUAUUGUGUAUGUUCUGCAGCUUCGUCGGAACAGUCAUCGAAUGCGUCUGGAGAACGUAUCCUGUGUUCGACUUCCCGCGCAAGGUUUCUGUACCGGGCCUUAUGGGAAUACUGCUCUUCAUUACCAAUCUGACGGCCACUACGCUCAUCGGUAUCCGUUUUUGGAUCUACAGGAAAGAUGUCCGUGCUUGGAUAGCGCCAUUGCGCUCGACACGUACGAGGGUUGAGACAAUCCUCAUGCUGCUUCUGGAGUCCGGUGUGAUCUACUGCGCUCUAUGGGCUUUCUUCCUCGUCACGAUAAUUCCUCCUUCUGGCCUCAAACACAGUUACGACCCUACCCAAAUUGCCAUAUUUCGCGUCUUCGAUGAUAUAUUAUAUUUGUUAUCGGGCAUUUACCCUACCUUUGUCGUUGUCGUCGGUGUGUUGCAUCAACAGUCCACGGGCAUGUCUACGAUCGGUGCCCAAAGCAAGUUUCUGGAAUCGCUACGCAUCCUUCCUGAAUGUGAUACCGAAGAAUGUCGACGCGAGGCGCGUAGUAUGUCUGCGAGCGAGUGCAAUUAGCGCCGACGCUAAAAUUCGAUGUCUUGCUUCGAAUUUGCGGAUUUUCUCGGUUGUAUGUAGAACUUAACAGGGUCAAGCCUAAGCUUCGUCGUCUACUAGUUCCCGUCCAUAUAUGACAGUUCGAUUCAUCUAUUUAGUUGCU